AUGAAGCUGGGGUAUGAGGUACAGGUACUUGUGGAAGACUACACCCUAGACGAGCGGAAUGAGAGGAGAAGGGAGGGCUCCAAAGCGCACGAGACCCCACGGACUUGCUCCCGAGUCCCUCAACAUAGUGCGCCGCUGAUCAACCACGUCUCAGCGACACCAUCCGCAUUGGGCAUUGCAGCGUACCAGAUCCCGAUUGCGAUCAUGCACCGAAAUCACCCGCACCUGUUUGACAAACCCGAAAUUUGGAGAUUCACAGGAGGGCGUCCGGCCGAAGGCCUGGAAGCGAACGGAGGUCUGGUACCGACUGAAGUUCUUUACAAGCACCCACCCCGACGAGCAGGUCUGAUCACGCUGGAGAAAACCCCUGAGGACUGGGAAAUGGAGGCGAAUCAACUGCAAGACGGCGGCCGCCACACCGGUGCCAAGGUCAAGGCUGAAGAGGCUGCGGCUAAUUUCGCAAGCCCAUGA